AUGCCCAAACACUUAUUCCUCAACCUUUCCACUACGCUCCGACAUUGCCCACCACAUGUUCGACGUUAUUACCGAAUCAAUAAAACACAUAUUCUUCAAAGAAUGUCCCACCCUUCUUUAACAAAACUUCCUUUCUCUUCGUCUUCCUCUACCAAAACUGGGUUUGUAGGUUGGUAUUUGCGGAAGCUUGAAUCUUAUCCGGUUAUCACUAAGAGCAUUACUUCCUCGCUUAUUUACACAGCUGCUGAUUUCACUUCACAGAUGAUUACAUUAUCCUCUUCUGCUUCAUAUGAUUUAAAAAGGACAUCACGCAUGGCGAUAUACGGGUUGCUAUUCUUGGGGCCAUCACAGCAUAUGUGGUUUAAUUUUCUGUCCAAAGUUUUACCUAAGAGAGAUGUGAAUACAACUUUGAAGAAAAUUUUUAUGGGGCAAGCUGUAUUUGGUCCUAUCAGCAAUACGGUUUUCUUCUCCUAUAAUGGUGCUUUGCAAGGUGACAGUGGGCCUGAAAUUAUUGCGAGACUGAAGCGGGAUCUACUUCCUACAUUAUUAGGCGGUGCCGUGUUUUGGCCUGUUUGUGAUUUUGUCACCUUUAGAUUCAUUGCAGUCCAUUUACAGCCACUGAUGAAUAGUUCCUGUGCAUAUGUGUGGACCAUUUAUUUAACUUACAUGGCAAACCGAAACUUGACUGAAGCUUAG